AUGGUGGCCGCGGCGGUCAGCCCUAAUGAGCCGAAUGCCUGGGACCGGGUGCAGGCCAGCGGCGCUGCGCUCCGCCGCGCAGGGGGGGGGCGCAGCAUGGGUGGAGCAGCAAACAGACCUGGUGGAAGAGGAAUCCCACAGGUGACGUUGAUCAGUAAAGGCUUGGGGCCUGCCUUGGUCGGGGCUGGCGCCGAUUUGCUGUCUUUGGAGACCGAUGAAGGUGUUGACCACUACGUUAUCUCCUUCCUCAAGAGGACCAAGGAGGCCUUUCCGGGUCUGGACGUGGUGGCGGGUCCCGUGAAUUCCGUGCGCCAGGCCUCCAUGCUGUGCAACCACGGAGCAGACGCCAUCCGGGUGGGCCUGGCAGAGGGCGCCAGCGCCAGUGUUUUGUACGAUGUCUCGAGGACUCUGCGAGCCAACUAUGGAACGCCGGUCUUGGCAGACCUUCAGGCGAGCAACUCCGGAGAGCUCUUGAAGGCAUUGCUACUGGGGGCCUCCACGGUCUCUGUGGAUGCGAUGGUGUCCCGCUGCGAGGAAGUGCCUGGGGACCUCAUCUUCCGAGAAGGUGUCCGAGUGAAGCUGGAGACAUCAGGCAGUGAAGACAGCGCAGCAGUGGCAAUGGGAGUGGCAACCCACAAAAUCGAUGGAGGGUCUGCUCUCAGCUACAUUCCCAUCAUCUUGAACCAGCUGCGUAGGGGCCUGCAGGACCUGGGGGUCUCCGCCCUCGCUGAGACCUCGAAGGCCUUGGACCAAGGGCUUUUGCGCCUGGAGCGACAACUGCCCCGAGUGGUCUCUUUCCAGGCUCCAAAGAUGUACCCCAUCACGGUGAAUGCGCUUCAUUAUACCUGA